GCCUUUCUAACUGCGCUCCCCUGGAGCCCAGACCCACAUGGGUUCCUGCUUGCCCAGGCCACUGUCCGCACUCACUACCAGCUCGCCCCACCAGCCUAGCUCCUUGCCAUGUUGCUAUGGGGACCAGUCUGUGGCAUCCUGGGCUGAGCCCCGCCCGCCUGCCUGCCUGCCUCCCUAGCUCUCCACGUGCUGGCUUUGUCAGGGCUCAGUCUCCGCAGCUGUGGCUGGCAGAAGACAACGGUGCUGCCAGGGAGGCAGGACCACCCACAGGACCCCAGGCAGGGCUGGUCAGGGCCUGGAAGCACAGCUCAGCCCUUGACAUCUCUGAGGAGACCCCUCAGCUUCCUGCCCUCUGGGACCCAGUUGAGCUCUUCCGGAAGCUGUCCCUCUGAAAGUGUGCCAGCCUCCAAGGUUGCCUGCUCCGGGUGAAGGAAGGCACGGACUCCUCUUGCUUGUUUUAAAAUGACUUUAAUUCCCAAAGGAAGUCGUACUUUCUAAACAGCUCCACUUACAAUGGUCUGGGCAAGAGAUUUUCAAUAGCCAGUUGUAGUCUCCGUUGGGCAAUCCAGAGCCCAGGAGGAAGCAGGCGCCUGCCCGUCAAUCUCUGUCAGCCUCAUUGGGCAACAGCAUUGGGUAACAGGAAGUUCCUGACCAGCCUCCUAGCAGAGCCCAGUGAGUCCGGCUGUGAAGAUGGAAUUGGGUAGAAGCUCCUCAACUCGCGAAGAAACCAUUGCUCGUCUUGGUGCUGGGCCCAGAAGCUCUCCACUGGGGAAGCUUCAAGCACUUCCCAUUGGGCCAGGUGCCCACCCAGGGGCUCCUGGCAGCUCAGCUUCAGCGGGGGACAGCUCCGUGGGGGAGCCAAGUGGUGCCAUGAAGAUCCCCAACAGGGACAGUGGGAUUGACAGUCCAUCGUCCAGUGUGGCCAGUGAGAACUUCCCCUGUGAAGAGGGCAGUGAGGGCUCCCCAGGCCCUGCCACACUGGGGCUACACCCUGUGACAGCUGUGGACAGCCAGGUCCCACAAGACACCCCCCAGGAAGAGGAAGAUAGUGGCGUAGGUGAGGAGCCUGAUCCUAAGAUCACCCCUUCCAGGCCAGAGGAGAAUGCUGGCUUGGCUCAGUGCUCUGACCAACAGAAGCUGCUAAAUAUUGCCCAGGAGCUCCUGCACACAGAGGAAGCCUACGUGAGGCGGCUGCACUUGCUGGACCAGGGUUUCUGCACCAAGCUGACAGAAGCAGGGAUCCCUCCAGAAGUCACCACCGGCAUUUUCUCCAACAUCUCCUCCAUCUACCGCUUCCAUGGGCAGUUCCUCCUGCCCGAGUUGCAGAAGAGGAUCACAGAGGAGUGGGACACAAACCCUCGACUCGGAGACAUCCUGCAGAAACUGGCCCCAUUCCUGAAGAUGUAUGGCGAGUAUGUCAAGAACUUUGACAGGGCCAUGGGGCUGGUGAGCUCAUGGACCCACCGCUCUCCGCAGUUUAAGGACGUCAUCCACAGCAUCCAGAAGCAGGAGGAGUGUGGGAACUUGACACUGCAGCACCACAUGCUGGAGCCUGUGCAGAGGGUCCCUCGCUACGAACUGCUGCUCAAAGACUACCUGAAGAGGCUCCCCAGGGACGCCCCAGACCGGAAGGAUGCUGAGAGGUCCCUGGAGCUCAUCUCCACCGCUGCUGACCAUUCCAAUGCUGCCAUCAGGAAGAUGGAGAAAAUGCACAAGCUCCUGGAGGUGUACGAGCAGCUGGGUGGGGAAGAAGACAUCGUCAACCCAGCCAAUGAGCUGAUCAAGGAGGGCAACAUCCAGAAAUUGUCGGCCAAGAACGGCACCACGCAGGACCGGCACCUCUUCUUGUUCAACAAUGUGAUACUCUACUGUGUACCCAAACUGAGGCUCAUGGGCCAGAAGUUCAGUGUACGGGAGAAAAUGGACAUCUCUGAUCUCCAGGUGCAAGAUGUUGUGAAACCAAAUGCAGCACACACAUUCAUCAUAACAGGAAGGAAAAGGUCCCUGGAGCUUCAGACGCGGACAGAAGAAGAGAAGAAAGAAUGGGUUCAGGUUAUUCAGGCCACCGUGGAGAAGCACAGACAGAAGAGCGAGACCUUCAGGGCCUUCGGCGGGGCCUGUAGCCAGGAUGAGGAGCCCACCCUGUCUCCAGACCAGCCCAUCCUGAGUGCCAACUCUGCGGAAACUGCAGGGGUAGCUGACAGCAGUGGGGGUACUGCAGGGGUGGAGUCCAAAAAGUUGUCCUCUAAAACAAGACGUGACAAAGAAAAGCCUGGGUGUAAGAGCUGUGGUGAGACCUUCAACUCCUUCACCAAGAGGAGGCAUCGCUGCAAGCUGUGUGGACAGGUCAUCUGUAGGAAGUGCUCAGAAUUCAAGGCUGAGAACAGUAAGCAGAGCCGGGUCUGCCGAGAGUGUUUCCUGGAAGAAUCCUUGGUCCCUGCAAGCCCUAGCUCUGAGACUUGCACAGAACUCAAACAGAAUGCAGAGAAGCCUCCUUCUGUGGAUCCUCGGCCUAGCCUGGUCUGUAGCACUCUGCGUCUGUCCGACAAUGGUACAGCCUGGAGUGAAGUUUGGGCAGACAUCCCUGAGUCAGAUCCCCAGGUGCUAGUCCUGCUGGCAGGCAGGCAGGCUGGAAGACUGCUGCAUACCAUCCCACUGUCUGGCUGUACUGUAACGGUGCCUGACUCUGAAGUAGGGCUGGAGGCGGGGUGUGUGUGGAAGCUGCAUCAGGGCCCGCAGACCUGGUGGCUGAGUGCCCCCUCCACAAAGCUUCAGCAGUGUUGGCUGGAAGCUCUGAGCACAGCUGGCUGUGGGGACACAGCUGGGGACAGACCAGGUGCCUCGCAGCCCCAAGCCUCUGCAAGCACCAGCACUCCAUGAGCUGGGCCUCCUACUGUCCUUCCCGCUACCGUGUUCUUUUUGGCUAACCUUAAAAGUCACAUGAAGGAAUGAGGGACUCCUGGAACCACUGAGGAUGAAUGAUGGCCCACAGAAGACUAGCAGUGGGUCCAAGAUCACUCGACAAGUCUUAGACAAGGGUCGGGCUUCUGACUCUAGCCCCUUCAUUGUGACCAGAGCAGGGGGGGCAUGGCCACUACAAAGCAAAUGGCAUCUGAGCAGGCUUGGCUGGUGAUGCCAGCCCUCAAAGGCACAAGGAGGCCAGGUGGGCACUGCCCAGGGGUGAUCAUGUCUAACCUGGUGUGAUGUCACUCUGGGGACGGCAGAGAUGUCUGGAGCCUGACCUGUAUCCACUAUGUGAGCUAGAUCGUGACCUGGGUGCACCCCUCUGGGCUUCACUUACACACUCUGUCCUCUCCAGAAGCAUUGCUCAUCUGCUAUUUCUGCAGAGCCCUUGAAGGGAAAGGAGGGAGGGCCUUCUUAUCCUACCCUCCCAAAGCAUCCACACUCAGAGACUGUGGGGAGGCCGGCUCUCACCCCUGGGUGGCAGGCUUAUGAAGUUUCAGGCUGGCUGCUCUGUGGGCAGGUGCCAUGCUUGUCAGGAUAAAUAAAUGCUGGCCGUCAGCCUCAAGACCUUCAAAUCCACUCUUCACAGGAUUCUCCCUCAAGGCAGGUGGCUAGAAGAGGGAUGGCAGAUAAAGGUAACAAAACGGCAUGGACCACACACUUGUCUGGGAGAGCAGCUCUGUCUCCCAGAUGCCGUAGUGAGUGGGUGAGGAGCUAAGCCAUACGGCAGGGUGGGGAUGCUGGCAGUCAGGUUUGUGGCGGUGUGACAAAGGUCAUGGGGCUCAGGGUGUUGCCUCUCGAGGAGUAGGAACUUUAGGGAACAAUGAUGGAGCUCUGGUCCUUCAGCAUUCCCGCCCUCUAACAUCAGCACAGUGCUGUGUGGAGACAGCUAGGCAGGCAUCAGGCCAGCUACCUGGACGGGAGAAGGAAUGUAGAGCCAGAAAUGAGUGCCGGUUAUAGGUAACAUUGGGAGGCGCAGAUGAGGCGGGGCCUCACGUGAGAUGGGGGCCCAGGUGCGGUAGGAUGGCGGUAAAAGUAAAGUGGGUGGGAGCAGAAGUGACGUGGACAGGAUACAAGGGGACAGGGGAGGUGUCAGAGCACGGCUGAGUCUAUGUAAGAGCCAGCGGGACUGGGCAUAGGCUGCCUCGGGAUUGCCUGCAAACCCCUGGUCCCCUGCCUUGCCCUCACCAUGCUGAAUGGUCCCAAAUCACCCCAAGGAAACUGCAAAACAAGCAGAGCACUUCUACACCGGGAGGGAUGAGGCCUUUUAGCUACUACCAAGGAAACGUAGCAAAGUCCAUCCGACCCAUUCCUGGAUGGGGCAGUGGUGAAGGUGGCCCACCUGGGACAACAGGAAGGAGGCGCCUUCCUUGGCUCUGCACACGGCAUGGCAGACACACCAGACGGACACAAGUCUUCAGCCUCUUUGCCAUCCUCCGCUGCUUCCCCCUGCUUGUAAAAGUUCUGGCCUUUGCAUUUCAAGGAUUCCGAGUGCCCAUCCUCUGAGGAAUCAGAGCCCUAGGAGGAUGCCUGUGUAUCCUGCCCCCAGGAUGUGGACUAGUCAGCUGGCAGCUUGGGGGCCCUGAUGCUACCUGAGCGGAAAGGUACACAAGUUACUUUGCUUGUUGCGGUGACAAAACAUUGGACGAGAGCAACGUACGGAAGAAAGGGUUUGCUUGGCUCACGGUCUGAGGGUACAGUCUGUCUCGAAGGGAAACGUGGUAGCAGGAGUGCUGGCCGCAUUCCAUCCACGGUGGGAGAACAGAAAGGGACAAACACCGGGCUCCACCCACCUCCUCCUUUUUGUUCAUCCGGGGCCCUAAGCCAUAGGAUGCUGCUGCUCACCUUCAGGGUCGUUUUGUUUUUGUUUUUUUUUCUUCUUCUUCUCAAUUAAACCUUUCUGGAAACACUCAAA